UGCCUAAUACCCACCGCUUGCCCUUUGCACGUGUCGUCGAGUCGAAGCGCCAUCUCACUCUUUCGUCGUCAAGGCCGCUCCUCGCUAUACAAACAUUACGCCAGCAUCUUAAUAAUUCCUUGCGCAUCAAUUGCGCCACCGCCCAAACAUGGCUUACAACAACACCAAUAACAACAACCAAUAUGCGGGCUACGGCGGAAACCCUUACGGCGAGGGAGACAACCCUUACGGUAACGAGGGUUACGGCCAAGCAAACCCUUACGGACAGUCGUACAGCGAUCCGCUCCAGCCUCCAGCACCCACUCGUCAGGGUGAGUCCAACUUCUCGGCCGUGACUCAGGACUCGCAGUAUAGCAACACUGGAGUCCCUGGCGCCCACGCUACCGGAUCGCAACCCCCGAUGCAACAGGCCGCUCCUACUGUUCUCAGCAACCAGGACUUCCUCUCGCGCGUUGAGGCAGCAAAGGCCGACAUCCGUCAAUUGACCCAAUACAUCUCCGAGAUUGCCGCCGCUCACCAGCGCACUCUCAACAGUCCCGACGCUUCCUCCAACCAGGCCCUGGAGUCCAUCAUCACCCAGACACAGGUUCUCAACACUUCAAUCAAGGACCAAAUCAAGUUCCUUGAGACCGACGCUGCCAGAAGUGGACGCAACAACAACAUUAAGAACAGCCAGGUCGGCCAGCUCAAGACGAGCUUCAAGAAGCAGCUCGAGGAGUACCGCAACGAGGAGGCCAGUUACGAGCGCCGAUACCGUGAGCAAAUCGCCCGUCAAUACCGCAUUGUCAACCCCGAGGCUACCGAUGCCGAGGUUCAGGAAGCCUCCAACGCCGAUUGGGGCAACGAGGGUGUCUUCCAAACUGCACUCAAGAGCAACCGCUCGGCAACUGCCAGCACCGUCCUCGGCGCUGUGCGUGCUCGUCACAAUGAUAUCCAACAGAUUGAGCGUACUUUGAUCGAGCUAAACAAGCUCUUCGAGGAUCUUGCCGAGGCUGUCGUCAUUCAGGAACCCAUGAUUCAGCAAGCCGAGCAACACACCGAGAACGUUAAGAAGGACACCGAGGCCGGUAAUGUGCAGCUUGACAAGGGUAUUACCCACGCCCGCCGUGCUCGCCGCCUGAAAUGGUGGUGCCUGCUUAUCGUUGUCAUCAUUCUCAUCAUUGUUGGUUUGGCUGUCGGUCUUACUCUUGGUCUACGAAACAACAACAAAUAGACGAUUGUUUGUGUUUGGUUUUCCAUACCCGUCCUUGGAUUCUGUCGAUCUUCCUUAAUUUGCAACACAAUCUUUCGGAUGAUCUCACCUCUCCCGCACGUCGAUAAUGGAGCGCUCCUGCAUACACAUCACUGAA